CUCUUUUCUUCGACUGCUGUUAAAGCUCCCUAAGAGACUCUCUCUCUCCCUCCCCCCCUCUCUCUCUCAAACUUUGACUUUCUCUCUUUGAAACCCUCUCUCUGCUUCUUACUCCCUCUGUAAUGGCGGUUGAUCCGAUUCUCUCGUCUCCUCUCGGCCCAGCGGCAUCCGAGAAGGAUGCAAAAGCGCUUCAGUUCAUUGAAGAAAUGACCCGUAAUGCCGAUUCAGUUCAGGAGAGGGUGUUGGCUGAAAUUUUGAGCCGAAACGGAGAAACUGAAUAUCUGAAACGGUUCAAACUGGAAGGGUCAACGGUCCGUGAGACGUUUAAGUCUAAAAUCCCGGUGAUUAAGUAUGAGGAUCUGCAGCCUGAAAUCCAGCGUAUUGCCAAUGGAGAUCGCUCUGCGAUCUUGUCGGCUCACCCCAUUUCUGAAUUCCUCACCAGCUCUGGGACAUCAGCUGGUGAGAGGAAACUCAUGCCCACUAUUCAAGAAGAGUUGGAUCGUCGUCAGAUGCUCUACAGCCUUCUCAUGCCUGUAAUGAACUUAUAUGUGCCUGGGUUGGACAAAGGAAAGGGUCUCUACUUUCUGUUUGUGAAGUCCGAAACGAGGACCCCUGGUGGGUUACUGGCUCGCCCAGUGCUCACAAGCUACUACAAAAGCGAACACUUCAAGACUCGCCCUUAUGACCCCUACAACGUCUACACCAGUCCCAACGAAGCAAUCCUCUGCGCUGACUCUUUCCAGAGCAUGUACACCCAGAUGCUCUGCGGCAUCUACGAGCGCAAACAAGUCCUCCGGCUCGGAGCCGUCUUUGCCUCCGGCCUACUCAGAGCCAUACGAUUCCUCCAACUCAACUGGCACCAACUCACACAUGACAUCCGAACCGGAACUCUCAGCCCCAAAAUCACUGACCCUUCGGUUAGAAAUUGUGUAGCAGGUGUCCUGAAACCAGACCCAGAACUCGCCGACCUCGUCGCCGGCGAGUGCUCCAAGGACAACUGGGAGGGGAUUAUCACUCGAAUUUGGCCUAACACAAAGUACCUCGAUGUCAUCGUCACCGGUGCAAUGGCUCAGUACAUUCCAACUCUGGACUACUACAGCGGUGGAUUGCCACUUGCAUGUACAAUGUAUGCGUCGUCGGAGUGCUAUUUCGGACUCAAUCUCAACCCCAUGUCCAAACCCUCUGAAGUCUCCUACACCAUAAUGCCCAACAUGGCUUACUUCGAGUUCCUUCCUCAUGAGCACUCCUCCAUCCCCUUGAGCCGCGAUUCGCCUCCAAGACUCGUGGACCUGGCCCACGUCGAAGUGGGAAAAGAGUACGAACUCGUCAUCACAACCUACGCCGGACUCUACCGCUACCGAGUCGGAGACAUCCUCCGAGUCACCGGGUUCCACAACUCAGCCCCGCAGUUCCACUUCGUUCGCCGCAAGAACGUCCUCCUCAGCAUCGACUCCGACAAGACCGACGAGGCCGAGUUGCAGAAGGCCGUCGACAACGCGUCGAAGCUCCUUCGAGAAGUCAACACCAGCGUCGUGGAGUACACCAGCUUCGCCGAUACCAAAACGAUUCCGGGUCACUAUGUGAUUUACUGGGAACUACUGGUGAAAGACUCGGCGAACUCGCCGAGCGACGAGCUACUGGGUCAGUGCUGUUUAGCGAUGGAAGAAUCGCUGAACUCAGUGUACCGACAAGGGCGAGUCGCAGACAACUCGAUUGGGCCACUAGAGAUACGCGUGGUGAAAAGUGGAACGUUCGAAGAACUGAUGGAUUACGCCAUCUCAAGAGGAGCCUCCAUUAACCAGUAUAAGGUGCCGAGGUGCGUUAACUUUACACCAAUCAUGGAGCUCCUCGACUCCAGAGUGGUCUCGUCGCACUUUAGCCCUGCUCUACCUCAUUGGACUCCGGCACGCCGGCGGUGACUUCUGCUGGACCACAGACCAAUCAAAUAGUGGAGGUUCCACUGUUGCCCCUUUUUUUUCCUUUUUAAAAAAUAAUGUAAUUGUUUUUUUUCUUCUUUUAUUUGAAAAUUAGGUUAUUUUAUUUUAUUUUAUUUUGGGCUGUCUAAAGUGUAUUUUGAUUAGGACCCAUCAGAGUUAGGUUUUGUAUGGUUCAAUUAACCUGUGGAAAAAGUAUGGUGCUUUUCAGGAUGAGUGUCCAAAUGAAUUGUCCCUUCUUUCUCCUCUCAAGACUUUUUAUAAAUGAUAACGACUUUAUUUAAUCAUUA